CCCCGAGGAGGGCGCGCGCCCGGCUCCCUCCCCGGCUGCGCCUAGCGCAGGCCGCGCGCACCCGGUGGCGAUCAACAAGAGGAUCAUCCAGGCCGCCGACUCGGGCCACGCGCAGCUGCUGCUCGCCGCCAUAGGGGCGCACCUCCCGUGCAUGAACGUGGUGAACCUCGCGACCUCCCUGUUCCGCCUCGCCCGGCUCGCGGCUGCCCAGCCUGGGUUGCAGGCAUCGCUGCAGCGCAGCCUCACGCUGCUGGAGCUGCUGCAGGCGAUCGAGGCCAGGUUGCCGGCCGCAGACUCCCAGGACGCUGUGUUGCCGCAGUCGAUCAGCAACAUAUCCUGGUCGAUGGCCAUCCUCGGUCUGCCCCGGCCUCACCUGCUCGAGCUGCUCGCUGGCCUCGCGGUGGCCGCCAUGCCCCAGUUCAAGGACUACGAGCUCUCCUCGAUGCUGUGGGCCUUUGCGAAGCUCGGGGCGGGCACGGCGGCGAGGGAGGCCACUGGCUCCCUCUUCUGGGCCGCCGCCGCGCACCUCGGCGGGCGGCUGCCGAGCGUGCAGAUGCGGACCCUGGUGACGGUCGUGUGGUCCUUCGCGACGUGCCGGGUCAGGCACCCCGUGCUCUUCAGGGCGGUGGCGGCAGAGAUGUGCGGCAAGAAGGCGGGGCAGACCGACGGCCGCGAGGUCUCCAACACCAUCUGGGCUUUCGCCACGGCGGGCGUGAGGGACCAGGGCCUCAUGCGGGCCCUCGGAGACGUGGCCGAGAGGACGCUGUGCACGUUCAAGCCGCAGGAGGUCUCGAACACGCUGUGGGGCCUCGCGACCCUGGGCUUCCACCGCCCCGCCCUCCUCGAGCACGCCUCGAGGCUGCUACCGGCCAUGGACCUCGACCCGCAGCACCUGGCCAACAUCCUGUGGGCGGCCGCCACCAGCGACAGGGACGCCAGAGCGGUGGCCCGCACCGUGGUCACAGCGCUGCUGCCCCGCUGCCGCGCCUGCUGCCGUGCGUUCAAGCUAGAGGAGGCGUCUUCUGUGCUGAUGGCGCUCUCGAGGGCGUUCGGGCGCGACCGCGCGGGAGAGCUGGCGGGGCCGGGCGCGCCGCCCGAUGCGUUGAAGCUCUGCGCCAUGCUCGAGCAGACGAUGCUGCCGCACGUUGGCUCCGUCCCGGCCCAGUCGCUGUGCCGCAUCCUGGAGUCUCUCGCGGCCUUGGGGCUCGAGGACGGCCCGUUGGCCACGGCGCUGGAGCGAGAGGCCAGGCGCCGCGCUCCCAAGCUGCCCGCGACAGGGCUCGUCUUGCUGCUGAAGGGCCUGCUGGCUGUCCGCGGCACUAGCGGCGCUGCCCUGAGCUGCGUCGCAUCCUGCCUGGCGAGAGAGUGCCCCAUGCAGCAGCAGGAGGUGUCCUUCCUGCAGCACGUGCUCCAGCAGCAAGGGCUGUGGCGCUCGAGCCCGUGCCUCGCGGACCGCCUGCGCGAGCUGGCAUGGCGCGCGGCGGCCGGCGGCGAGGAGGUGGCGACGAGGGGCGCUAACGGUGGCGCACAGCGCGCGCCGUCGCGAGCCUCCGCGCGGGCGAGGGGCACCGUGCCGGCGCAGGAGACGGGCUGCGGCGGCCCUGGCCCUGCAGGGUGGUGCGGCAGCGGGGGCCGCCGCCGAGGCGCCCCGUCUGUGCGCCCCGCGGCGACGCCGAGCCAGCGGCAGGCUGACGAGGACAUCGAUGAAGACCUCACUCGGCCAGCGCCGUGGGGUCGCAGCGCCACUGCUCCCGCGAACAUGGACGAGCCCGCGAGGUUCCCGCACGUCCGCUGGUGCCGCCAGUGGUCGGACGGCAGCGCCGCCGCGUCCACCGCGGUGCCGACUGUCGAGAACCUUGUACACUUCGCGUCGAGUAUGAGCGAUGUGAGCGAGGAGUCGUGCCCCGUCGAGGCGCUGGGCGAGCUGGCGGAGCACUGCCCGGAGGCGCCCGCUUUCGCCAGGCACACCACUGAGCCAGCUCUCCGGCCGCCGGCCGACGCCCUGGAGACCUACCGGGUGAGGAACACCUUCCUCGAGAAGGUCGAGCUCCCGGGCGAGGGGCGCGCCGGCAGGUCCCGUGCAAGGUCGGAGCCGCCGCCUGUUGCCGCAUGAAGCCCGCACAGCGAGUGCCCCCUUCCUCGCCCCGCCCCCCCUUCCGAGGAAGCGCAGGCAUGGAUUCGGGUGCGCAGAUUGGCGGCGAGCCCCGCUUCCAUACGGAGUCGGCGCGCUCCGUCGCCAAACGCGAAAGCGCUGGCGCCAUGUCUCGAGGGGCACUCUCCCCGAUCCGUCAAUUCGGCGCCCACGCGCCAGAUCCACAGAUCCCCAGCCCAUGCCAGCGUGUGCCCGGCCUGUGCGCGCCGCCGGGAGCUGCACGGGGCUUGGGAGCUGCACGGGGCUCGCGUCUGCGGCGGUCUGGGCGCCGCAGCCCCCUGCGCAGUGUAACAUCCUGCGGACAUUUUUCAAAAAUUCUUGGCGCGCCCGCGUGGCCGAAAAAGGACCCGCUUCCCAUUCGGCAGCAUUCGCUACAGAAUCAAGUCCCCCCUCUCGAGCAAGCUGACACAACACAGGCGUGUUUAACACAUGCGCACGGCCGUCUGGGCCACUCCAAGCCGACACGCGGUGCAUGCCGCGUGCUGGCGCUCAUGUUGCGUACGUUGAUGCGGCGCCCCCGCAUGCUUUGCAGGCGUUCGGAGACGCCCCCGGCCGUCUAGGCCAGCUGAAGUCGAUGCCAAGUGGAUGCCUCGAGUGACCACUCUCCAUCCUUCCCCUCCUCGACCCCCCCCCUUCUCCCACGCCUCACAUUUUCCUCUGCUGCCCGGCGGAGUGCGCCUUUCUGCGUUCGGGCGCCCUGUCGAGCGCAGACGGCAUACCGUGUAAGCUCGCUCUCACCGCUGCAGGCCCUUCAGGAUCGAGCCCAGACUGAUGAGGAGGAGCUGCACGGAGCGCGUAAUCGCGGCGGGCGCGGUGUCGCAGACGCCCGUGUCCCUUAGUGUUCGUUGAUUUUUCAAUUCCUGGCUGCGCUUUCCGCACGGGAGAAUAUGUUCGCGCCUUUGGCGACGGCCGUUGGAGCCACUUCACGCCGAGACGUGGUCCUGCCUGGGCGCCGUUCAUCUACGGCCGAUGUUGGCCAGUUUCACACUACAGCGGCUCUGCGCGCGCCGUUCGACGCAGGCGGGAAACUCGUAUGGCCGAUGGAAACCCAAA